CCAGGGCCCAAUGCGGUGUCGCUUGCCAAUGUCCUGACAUCUGCCUGCCUGACACCUGUCUGACGCUUUCCACCGAGGGGCCAGUGCCACUCGGAGGAUCUCGACCUCGCUGGCAAAAGUUCUGGCAUUCAAACGUAUAACAUUACAGGGACAGUGGACCAAAUAUUUUCAUUCUAGAGUUGUGGGAUUCUACACAUUGUCGACUCUGGGGGAUUUUCUCUUUCUGAAGCUUCCCGUCUGACACACCUCAAACAUCUUUUGGACCUACACACCAUUAAAAAGUAGUCUGCAUAGUUCCCUUUAACACACACACUCUUCUAGAGAACAGUAUGGGUCUCCAAUCAGACUAUUCCCUCCAAUCUAUCCUCUUAUUUCCAAUCCACUUUUUGGUAUGGCUGUACUCCACCCUGUCCUUCCUUCCCUGGUACUACAUCACUGGUGCCGGGGAAAGAAAAGCUCUGUCCAAGCGCAUAAAGGCUCGUUCCACUUCAGGCCACGCAGAUGGACCAUACCGCUCUGUCGACCACUUUGAUUCCUUGGCCACGGAGGACAUCCCGGGGAAGGACACGCUGGAUAAGCUGUUCAAGCAUGCUGUGCGGCGCUUUGGCCAAGCAGAUUGUCUCGGCACCAGAGAUAUAUUGAGUAGAGAGAAUGAGAUUCAACCCAGUGGUAAAGUAUUCAAAAAGCUGAUCCUGGGGGAGUAUAGAUGGCUCUCCUACAAUGAAGUGGACACUGCAGUCAGUGAGUUUGGCAGUGGACUGGCAGCUCUGGGGCAGCAGCCGAAAAGCACUAUUGCAAUCUUUUGUGAAACCAGAGCAGAGUGGAUGAUCACUGCCCAGGCAUGCUUCAGGCGCAACUUUCCAUUGGUGACGUUCUAUGCCACGCUUGGAGAAGAUGCUAUUGCAUUUGGACUUAACGAGACUGGAGUUACACAUCUAGUUACCAGUGUGGAACUGCUUGAGACUAAACUGAAAAAUGUGCUUCCACAGAUCCCAAAACUGAAGCACGUGAUCUACGUGGACCAGAGGAAAAUUAGCACAGAAGGCUACCCGGCUGGGCUGUCCACCCACAGCAUGCAGGCCGUACGAGAGCUGGGCGCUCUGCCUGAGAAUAUGGAGAGGGCCAUUGUGAAGCCCCAGCCCUCUGAUCUGGCCGUGGUGAUGUACACCAGCGGCUCCACAGGCAGACCCAAAGGAGUCAUGAUUGUCCACAGUAACAUAACCGCAGGAAUGACAGGCCAGUGUCAACGCAUCCCUGGACUCGGAUCUAAUGAUACUUACAUCGGCUAUCUGCCCCUGGCUCACGUUCUUGAAAUGACUGCUGAAAUCUCCUGUGUCACAUAUGGCUGUCGGAUCGGCUACUCUUCCCCCCAGACACUUUCAGACCAGUCCACUAAGAUAAAGAAAGGAAGUAAAGGAGACUGCUCUGUGCUCCAACCCACCCUGAUGGCAGCUGUGCCAGAAAUUCUGGAUCGCAUCAACAAGAAUGUGAUGAGCAAAGUGCAGGAAAUGAGUUUCAUUCAGAAGACGCUGUUUACACUGGGCUACAAAUAUAAACUGGAGCAGAUCAAGAGGGGCUAUGACGCACCGCUCUGCAAUGCCCUGUUAUUCCAGAAAGUGAAGAAACUUCUGGGAGGACGGGUGAGGAUGAUGUUGUCUGGAGGAGCCCCCCUGUCCUCGGCCACUCAGAGAUUCAUGAAUGUAUGUUUCUGUUGUCCAGUGGGUCAGGGCUAUGGCCUCACUGAAACCUGUGGAGCAGGCACCAUCACAGAGGUUAUGGACAACAGCACUGGUCGUGUUGGAGCUCCUCUUUUUUGCUGUGAGCUCAGACUCCGGGACUGGGCUGAAGGGGGCUACACCAGCAAAGACAAGCCAAACCCAAGAGGGGAGAUCCUGAUUGGUGGUCCAAAUGUAACCAUGGGUUACUACAGGAAUGAAAGCAACGAUCAGGACUUUUUUGUGGACGAAAAGGGUCAGAGAUGGUUCUGCACCGGAGAUGUAGGAGAGAUUUAUCCAGAUGGCUGUCUACAAAUAGUGGACCGCAAGAAAGAUUUGGUCAAACUGCAGGCUGGAGAGUAUGUAUCUCUUGGUAAAGUCGAGUCGGCGCUGAAAAACUGCUCUAUCAUAGACAACAUCUGCGCUUACGCAAACAGUGAACAGAACUACGUGAUCAGCUUUGUGGUUCCCAACCAGAAAAGGAUGACACAACUGGCCAAUCAGAGCGGCAUAGUGGGGGAAUGGGAGGAGAUCUGCACUCACCCCGACAUGGAAAGAGAGGUUCUGAAUGAGAUCAAGAAGGUUGCUGCUAACAAUAAACUCCAGCAAUUUGAGAUUCCAGUGAAGGUACAUCUGAGUCCAGAGCCGUGGACGCCCGAGACAGGUCUGGUCACAGACGCGUUCAAGCUGAAGAGGAAAGAGCUGAAGAACCACUAUCUCCACCACAUAGAGAGAAUGUAUGGGGGCAAAUAACUUUGCUCACCAUCACCCAAGAGUCUCAAUUGUAUCCAUAACCACUGUAAAAAAUCUCCUGGUACCUAAUCGGCUUUUUAAUGCCGAUUGUGUACCACAGGCGUCCAAAUGAAAAUGUCUUGAACAGAAAAGCUGAAGCUGUUGAUAGUUUUAGUUGUUGAUCCACGUGUGCUGCUUUCUAUUCUUGUGUGUAGUUUUUGAUUGUUAAAGAAACGCACAAGUGGCCAUACUUAUUUCAUAAAAAGGGUCCGAGAACAUUACAGCACUCAAAUGCGAUCCACUUUAAUCUGCUGGCACUGUUUGUAGCUGAUCAGAAGUACCACUGUCCUCCAUAUGUUGCCAAUGCUCUGAUUUACUUCCAUUGAAAAUUGUAACUGUAAUCAUCGGAGUACUGAUGUCACUGUUUUUCAGUCUGCAGUACUUGUGUAGUCAACCAGAAGUGGCAUAUAAAUAAAUAAAAAUGGCUUAACUGCCAUGUUAUGUUUACUUGAGGAAAAAUAUCCACACCCAGAUACACUGACAUGGAUCCUAUAGAUCAUGUCUGCUAACCCACCUACUUCUUUUCUUUAACGUUUUAUUUAUAAUUCUGUUAUUGUGUCAAUUUAUUCAGAAAGUAAGACCAAAAUGUGUGAAUAUAAAUGACUCAGGAAGAUAAGCAAAUGUUUUAAUAUAUGAAAUUGUCAAAUAGUUGGUUGCUUGUAUAAAAAGCCCUUUUGUCAAAAUUCUUGUUGGCACCUUAUUUAUUUAAGAGCAAGCAUGCCUAAAAUGCUUAUCAGCAUAAUACUUACCAGCAUUAGCUAGUCUGAAAUGGCAGUAAUGCUGUGUGUAAUAUACCUCAGUUAACGGGUUAACGUACAGUUUGGUAUUUUAAGGUUAUUUGAAGUGGAGUCUGUUCAUUUUAAAAGGAAGAAGAGGUUUUUCUUUUAUACAUAUUUUUUCAAGUGUUGUCAUGUUAAUGGAUUUGCAUCAUUAAAACUUGACAGUCGCUUUACA